GCCAGCCGGACGCAGUGGCUCAUAUAUGUAAUGCCAGCACUUUGGGAGGCUGAGGUGGGUGGAUCAUGAGGUCAAGAGAUGGAGACCACCCUGGCCAACAUGGUGAAACCCUGUCUCUACUAAAAAUACAAAAAUUAGCUGGGUGUGGUGUUGAGCACUUGUAAUCCUGGCUACUUAGGAGGCUGAGGCAGGAGAAUCACUUGAACCCAGGAGGCAGAGGUUGUAGUGAGCCAAGAUUGUACCACUGCAUUCCAGCCUGGUGACAGUGAGAUGCCGUCUUGGAAAAAGAAAAUUUUUAAGCCAUCAUUUUAAUUAAAACACAAUUUCAUGGAAUAUUUUAAUAUUAGUCACUGUGAUGAAAAGCAUUUAUAAAGCCUGCUCAGCAUUAGUGUUUCAUAUUUUGCAUGCAAACAUAGAAGCCAGAUUUGGAACUACUAGAGCCUCUUUGGAACGUAGCCCAAAGGGAGGAAAGCAGACAUAUGGAAGAGAGUUUUAGGAUAUUUAUGCUUCUUCACAAACAACACAUGUUUCUAAAUUAAAAAAGGUCUGACCAUGUCUGUGUAUUUUUUGGCAUCCUCAACAUUUCCCAUGCAAAUGGGUGAGUUACAUAAUUUUCUUCUCUAGUUCUGUAUUAGAAAGGGCAGAGCAUGAAGAUGGGACGUUGGUUCUCAGCUAUUCAUAUUGUUAGUCAGUGAAGGAAUCAAUCACAUAGCAGACAGCUUUGAUACCCAUUCUCACUUUUUGACUGUCUGUAUGUAAGGACCUAUAUAUGUGAUACGGUGGCUGACCAUGGUGUUUACAAGAAAUUCACUGUGUUUUGUUCUUAAUCAUAAGUCAAUCAAGCCAAUCAUUUCCACAGAGCUCAAACAAUGUGGAUAGAACUAUUACAUGGCCCGUAUGAUUUUAAAAAUAAAUUGGACUGUGAUUUUUCUGAGAAGCAGAAAAUGCUCUGGGUAGCAAGGGGUACCUGUUUCUGAAAAAAAGUUGGGAGACAAGAGAGAGUUUUCAAGCAUCAAAAUGAAUGUGGGUUUGAAGUUAAAAAAAAAAAAAAAGGGAAAACCAAAAUGACUGCAAGUGUUUUGAAUGGCUGAAAGCAUCCGCACUUAAUUUAUGUUCCAUUGUUUGCGACAUAGCAUGUGAUGUCACCCAGUACUGGUUUCUGGAGGGGCACCUAAGUGUAUCCGGUGCUAACUGUAGUGUGAUGAACUGUACCAACAGCUUAAAGAGAGACACAUGAUCCCUGCAUUGUUCCAGUAUCUAAUUAGAUACUGAGUAGUGGGCGAAUGUUGAAUAUUGAGAGCAAGAAAAAGAAUCUGGCAUGUCUUUUGUCGAAAUUCAGUCCCCUCAUUUCCCCCCUACAUUCUCCACGGCAGUCUGAACAUUUUUCAAUCACUUUUUUUAAGGAUACAGUGACUUUUAUCACAAUUUUAUCAAUCAAAACCACAUGUGGUUGCCCCGUUGAUGACAGAGAAUAACAAAAUCCUAUUUGUUAAGACCAAACUCAGGUAGUAAAUAACUGGAAUGCAAUGUGAAAUCUUACUUCUUUAAAAAGAAACAAUGUUGCCUAAAAAUUUGGAGAGUGAAAUGAACUUUUUGAAGGGAAAACCAUAUGAAAUUACACUGGUGGCUUAGUAACUUUUCCCCCUAUCAGAUCAAUUCUAUUUUUGCCCCAAAACCAUCACACUCAGCAAGCAUCCUCCUUCAAACUACCCAGCCUAUGAACAAGAAUGCUGUGGCAGAUUGCGUAAACUAGUGACGUAGACAAGUGUGGAUUAUAGUCAUGACCAUGUGACAGAGCAGGGGCCAGCAAACUACUGACAAUGGGCCAAAUUUGGACCAGUGCCUAUUUUUACGAAUAAAGUUUUAUUGGAACACAGCUAUGCCCCUUCACUGACAUGUCGUCUCUAGUUGCUUUCGUGAAACGAUUGCAGAAUGGGGUGGUUGCAAAAGAGACUAAGGGGCCCACAGUUUGUUUUGUUAUCCUAACUUUUACAGACAUAGUUUACUAACUCCUCUUUUAGAUGAUCAAGGAUAAAAUGUGAUCAGACAAAGCACGAUCAUAAUAACUGGCCCCUGGGGAAGAGGGAUUAAGAAGAAUUGUGGUAACUUAAGAAACAUUUCCUUCGAAUUCUUGGGCCAUAACAUUGUUUUGUUUUUAGUGGUAUAAGGAAGACUAAUCCUGUGUACGUCACAAAGGUCAUCGGCAGUCACUCAAAGACCUCUAUUCUAUAUGACUGGAAUUCUUUGCUCUUGGAGUUGGUUUUGGCCAGUAGCCAGGACGUCUCUGUCUAGCCUUCUCUGUCUAGCCUCUCACCCAUGUCCUGGUUCUGAAAGGACCUGGCUACAACCUAAAUGCAUAGUAGCUGCUUUAAGGAGUGUGGAAGCUUCAGGUCCCUCCUUUGACAUCUUCGUUGUGGAAUGACUUGUCCUAGCAUUCAUAUUCCAGGAUCGUUAGGGAUUAAGCAUAGCCUUGCUUUUGGAAAGUGAUGAAUGUUUGGGUGUCAUUUUGUCUGUUUUUAUUUUUAGCUCUGGAACCCGUUUGAUUUUUGGAAUGCUAUCCAUUUUAGUACGAUUGCGCAAAGAGAACAUGUAAUCGUAUCUUGAACAAGAUCUUUGAUCACUUAAUUGAUGAAUUAAAGACCCUCAAAGGCUGUGCACCAGGCGGAAUGCUUCAGAUGUACCAGUAAUUUUAGAAGUGCUUUGUUAUUAGUUCCUUAUUUCCAGCCGUCCUGCAAAAGGUAUUUUGAAAUGUAUAUUGAAGUCAAAGCCAAGCUGCCUCUCUUCCCCAACAGCUAUAGAGCUCCAGGGAACUUUUCUAGGAAGUCGGUGUCAGGAUAUUUGGAAAGGUUAAUUCAUCUCUAGGUGAUAGGAACCAGGUUGUGUCCAUUUGAACUGAGAGAAUGAAAGGAGGAGGAGGACAAAAGUGAGACACUAGAAAAAAAUACAGCCUACAUAACCAGAGAAAAUCGCCAUGAAAUGUGUAAGGCCUGUGGGCCUUUGCUUAAAAGAAAUCAGGCUGGGGGCAGUUUAGAAUUUUAAUGGUAAAAUGAAAGGUCUCGACUGUGAUUAGAUAUUUUCAGGUGAUUGAUGCUCCCCUACCAUCCACCACAUCACUGUUGGUGAUAGCGAGAUGGUAAUAAUUUCAGCAGACUCGUUUGAUUUUAUGUUUUGCUAUCUCACAAAGCUGAGAUGGCAAGUUGAUUUCUCAGCAGCCUCUCCCAGCUCUAGCUUGUUUCCAUAUCUGAAUUACAGGACAUCUUUUGAAUGUACCCCUGUCACUCAGAAAAUAAGCUGAAUCUUUUGUGUCCAGCCCGAAUACUUGGGACUCUGGGUGCCUUUGUGCUUUGCUGCAUGAAGUGAGAAGGGGAAACAUGGAUGGUGUGAGCCAUCCGUGUGUCUUGGCGGCAGAUCAUAGAAUAGAGUUCUUCGUUGUAUAUACACCCAUGUCUGAAAUAUUGAAAUACUUUUUACUUGGGGAUCAAAGUUUAAUUGGGGACAUUUCACCUGACUUCAGGGAGGCAGUACAAAGAGUGCUGAAUUGUGAGCCAGAGGCUUGCAUUCUGGUGCUGAUGUUUUACUCAGAAUCCUUUAAUUUGUGGCUUGUUGGUAUCUUAGUCCAUUGGGGCUGUUAUAAUGAAAAGCCAUAAACUCAGUAGCUUCGAAACCAUGGAAGCUUAUUUCUUAGAGUUCCUGAGGCUGAGGAGUCCAAGAUCAAGGCAGAUGCGGUGUCUAGUGAGAGUCUGUUUCGUCGUAGGUGGUGCCAUCCUGCUCUGUCCUCACCUUGUAGAAAAGGCAAGGAGUUUCUCUCAGGCCUCUUUUAUAGGGGCAUGAAUUCUAUUCAUGAGGGCUUCCCCUCAUGACCUGAUCACCUCCCAGGGACCCCACCUCCUGAUAUCAUGCCCUUGGAGGUUAGGAUUUCAACAUACAAGUUUGACAGGGACACAGACAUUGAGACUGUAGUGGCUGUAUAUAUGAAUGGUCACAUCUGUCAAUGGCAGAGACGCACAGCUACAGACCUUAUUAGACUAUUUGUUUAGGCUCAUGAAAUAGACGAUUCUGAUACUGGAGAGGAGAAAAGAAUUAUGCAAAUGUGGCAUGCCUAUACCCCUCUGAAAUAGAAUACACCUGGAAAUUUGAGUUUAGUAUUGGGGACCACAUUUUAAGGCAUAUAUUUCAAAUUAGAAUAUGUCCAGGAUGGUGAGAGGACUUGAAAUCAACUUUCCCUUCAGUGAAGUUUUGAGUAUUUAUUAUGCACCAAACACUGUACCAACCACUGGAAAUAUAGUGGUUAAAGGCAAAUAUGAGGUCAGGUGCAGUGGCUCAUGCCUGUAAUCCCAACAGUUUGGGAGACCGAGGCAGGUGGAUCACCUGAGGUCAGGAGUUCGAGACCAGCCUGGCUAACAUGGUGAAACCCUAUCUCUACUAAAAACAAAAAUUAGCUAGAUGUGGUGGCACAUGCCUAUAAUCUCAGCUACUCAGGAGGUGGAGACAGGAGAAUUGCUUGAACCUGGGAGGCAGAGAUUUCCAUGAGCUCAGCUGGCACCAUUACAUUUCAGCCUGGGCAACAGAACGAAACUCCAUCUCAACAACAGCAACAAAAAGACAAAUAUGAAAACUACCCUCAUGGAGCUUAUAGUCUAAAGGAGAAAAUGAAAUAAUUGAGCACACACACAAGCUAUCUAUUUAGCUAAUGAAAACUUAUGAGGGAGCUGUGAUAUAUAGGUAGUGGGGAAUGGGUCCUAAUUUAGAAGGUGUCAGAGGCAAUAUCUAGAAGGAAAUAAUAUUUUAACUGAGGGUGGAAGGAUGGGAAAAAUAGGUUGGCGAGCAUUCCAGAAGAGUGUAAGAGUCCUGAGAUGGGAAGAAACCUGCCAUGCCCUAGGGACUGAGCAGACUGCUGCACCUCUGAUGCAAUAAAGGAGGGCAGGGGAGAGUGAGGCAGCAUCACAGAGGAAGGCUUGGGUCAUACCACUCAAGGUUUGAAGUGCUCUGGGUGGGAGGCUGAAGUUUACUCAGUGUCAUGGGAAGCCACGGAGGGUUUUCAAGCAAGGGAGUGAGGUGAUCUGCUUGAUAAUUUAGAAAGACUGUUGGCUCCCACAUGAAGAUGGCUGAAGAAAGGUGGGCCAGGAAGGGGGCCGUGAAGAGACUGCAUGAGCCCAGGCUGAGAUGAAGAAAUGCAUAUGAAUUCGUAUACACCAAAAAGAAAAAUGGGCAGCUUUUGUGUUAAAAUGCAGAUCCGUGAUGCAUGAGGUCAGCAGCAGUGUGUGUGCAGUGAAAUUCACAGCAGGCAGAUGGGAACGUGGAGAAAUUCUAUAAACCUUCAGAAGCUAGACAUUGCCAACCUCAGGAAGGCUUCUGGACUUUUUGAAUUCUGAUACCAAAAGAAGAAGUCAAAGAAUUCCUGCUUUGGGACUUGAAAAGGAGAACAAGGAACAAGUAUAAAAUAUCCCCGUCUCAUGACCCUGUCGAGUUCCGAGGGAAAUGAACAUAUGAAAGACUGCGGGACAUCCUUGCAAAAGAGGCGCAAGGCUCCUGACUCCUGAGGAGGACUCUGCCGCCUGCUGGCCCCGUUAGACGGAGGGCUCUCCUAGCAUCUUAUUCUUGUUUGGAGGUUUUCAAAGACCACAUAUGGUCUCCAGGACUGGAGGAGUCUGAAUCGCAGUUCUUCCCAGACUCUGAUUUGGGGAACCUAGAUGCGGUGCUUGUUAAGAAGACAACCUUGAGUCCUUGCUCUCAUCACCUUCACCAUCAAUUUGGGGAAGCUCAGAAGAUAUAAGUUACAGCCCCCGGAAGUCAAGCCUAGCCCCACUGGAUGAUGUCCAGCUUUGCCGGAGUUAGAGAGGAGACGGCCGGUUAGCCCAAGAUGAAGACAAGACCGACAAGUGGCGGGGCUCCAGGCUGGUGUAAUAGCCCGAGAGUGGACAGGGUGCAGCCGUGACUCCAUCUCUUCCUACAGGACCUGGAAGCUCUGAAAUCCCUGGAACCCCCAAAGGAGCUGAACGAAAGGGGCUCCCAAACGGACCAAAGUGAUCAGCUGUGGUUCUGCAUCCGCCGGACUCUUUCAGGGUCGUCCCCUGCGGCCUGACACAGACGUCUGUUGGCCUGGGCGCACUUCCGGCUUUCAAUAUGCAUCUUUUCCUUUUGCAACCCAAAUACAAUGUGCACGGGGUGGCACGCGGCCUUUAAGUGAACCUGGAAGUCAACGCCAGGUCCGAUCCUCCGUACUGGGUGCAAUGAAAGCUCCACGCAGGCCUUACCAUGGAAGGCUGUGACUCGCCUGUCGUCUCGGGGAAGGACAAUGGGUGCGGUAUUCCUCAGCACCAGCAAUGGACUGAACUCAACAGCACCCACCUCCCUGACAAACCCAGUAGCAUGGAGCAGUCCACAGGCGAGAGCCACGGGCCCCUGGAUAGCCUGAGGGCCCCCUUCAAUGAGCGCCUGGCGGAGAGCGCUUCAUCGGCUGGGCCCCCCGCCGAGCCUGCCAGCAAGGAGGUCGCCUGCAACGAGUGCUCGGCCUCCUUCGCCAGCCUCCAGACCUACAUGGAGCACCACUGCCCUGGCGCGCGCCCCCCGCCACCCCUGAGAGAGGAGAGCGCCAGCGACACCGGCGAGGAGGGGGACGAGGAGAGUGAUGUGGAGAACCUGGCCGGGGAGAUUGUGUACCAGCCAGAUGGCUCUGCCUACAUUGUGGAGAGCCUGAGCCAGCUGACCCAGGGCGGGGGCGCCAGUGGCAGCAAUGGCAGCAGUGGCAGUGGGCCUCUCCCCUCGCUCUUCCUGAACUCUCUCCCCGGCGCGGGGGGCAAGCAAGGGGACCCUUCGUGUGCUGCACCCGUGUACCCGCAGAUCAUCAACACUUUCCACAUAGCCUCAUCCUUCGGGAAAUGGUUUGAGGGCCCAGACCAGGCUUUCCCGAAUACCUCAGCCCUGGCGGGGCUCAGCCCCGUCCUGCACAGCUUCCGCGUGUUUGACGUGCGACACAAAAGCAACAAGGAUUACCUGAACAGCGACGGUUCUGCCAAAAGCUCCUGCGUAGCCAAAGAUGUCCCCAACAAUGUGGACCUGUCCAAAUUCGACGGCUUCGUGCUCUAUGGCAAGAGGAAGCCCAUCCUGAUGUGUUUCCUGUGCAAGCUCUCCUUCGGGUACGUCCGUUCGUUUGUGACCCACGCGGUGCAUGAUCAUCGAAUGACCCUGAGCGAAGACGAGCGGAAAAUUCUUAGCAAUAAGAACAUCUCCGCUAUCAUCCAAGGGAUCGGCAAAGACAAGGAACCCCUUGUAAGUUUUCUGGAACCAAAAAACAAAAACUUUCAACACCCUUUAGUUUCCACAGCUAACCUCAUAGGCCCCGGACACAGUUUUUACGGUAAAUUUAGUGGCAUUCGCAUGGAAGGGGAGGAAGCUCUCCCAGCCGGCUCUGCUGCGGGCCCCGAGCAGCCCCAGGCUGGUCUCUUGACCCCCAGCACCCUGUUGAACCUUGGUGGGCUCACCAGCUCGGUCCUGAAGACCCCCAUUACCUCAGUCCCCCUGGGGCCUCUGGCUUCCAGUCCUACCAAAUCCUCAGAGGGCAAGGACUCUGGGGCAGCAGAAGGAGAGAAGCAAGAAGCAGGCGACGGGGACUGCUUCUCUGAGAAAGUAGAGCCAAUCGAAGAGGAGGCGGAGGAGGAAGAGGAGGAGGAAGAGGCGGAGGAGGAGGAGGAAGAGGAGGAGGAGGAGGAAGAGGAGGAGGAAGACGAGGGUUGCAAAGGACUCUUUCCCAGCGAGUUGGAUGAGGAACUGGAGGACAGGCCCCACGAGGAGGCUGGGGCCGCGGCAGGUAGUAGCAGCCAAAAGGACCUUGCUCUCUCAAACCAAAGCAUUCCUAACUCCCCCUUAAUGCCUAACGUGCUCCAGACCCUGUCAAGGGGCACAGCUUCUACUAGUUCUAGUUCUGCUUCUUCCUUUGUUGUCUUUGAUGGUGCGAACAGGAGGAAUCGUUUAAGCUUUAACAGUGAGGGCGUCAGGGCCAAUGUGGCAGAGGGCGGCAGGAGGCUGGACUUCGCUGAUGAAAGUGCCAAUAAAGACAAUGCCACAGCACCAGAACCAAAUGAAAGCACAGAGGGCGACGAUGGGGGCUUCGUCCCCCAUCACCAGCACGCUGGCUCCCUCUGCGAGCUUGGGGUGGGGGAGUGCCCCUCGGGGAGUGGCGUGGAGUGCCCCAAAUGUGACACGGUCCUGGGCUCCUCCCGCUCGCUGGGCGGCCACAUGACCAUGAUGCAUUCUCGUAACUCGUGCAAGACACUCAAGUGCCCCAAGUGCAACUGGCACUAUAAGUACCAGCAGACCCUGGAGGCGCACAUGAAGGAGAAGCACCCGGAGCCUGGGGGCUCCUGCGUCUACUGCAAAAGCGGGCAGCCCCACCCCCGGUUGGCACGAGGCGAGAGCUACACGUGUGGUUACAAGCCUUUCCGCUGCGAGGUGUGUAACUACUCCACAACGACCAAAGGCAACCUCAGUAUUCACAUGCAGUCCGACAAGCAUCUCAACAACAUGCAGAACCUGCAGAACGGAGGGGGGGAGCAGGUCUUCAGCCACACCGCUGGGGCGGCGGCAGCGGCGGCGGCUGCGGCGGCAGCAGCAGCCAACAUCAGUAGCUCCUGCGGGGCCCCCUCGCCCACCAAACCAAAAACCAAACCCACCUGGCGGUGCGAGGUGUGCGAUUACGAGACCAACGUGGCCAGGAACCUUCGCAUCCACAUGACCAGCGAGAAGCACAUGCACAACAUGAUGUUACUGCAGCAGAACAUGACCCAGAUGCAGCACAACCGCCACCUGGGGCUCGGCAGCCUGCCCUCGCCCGCAGAGGCCGAGCUCUACCAGUACUACCUGGCCCAGAACAUGAACCUGCCCAACUUGAAGAUGGACAACGCGGCCUCGGACGCCCAGUUCAUGAUGAGCGGAUUCCAGCUGGAUCCCGCCGGGCCCAUGGCCGCCAUGACGCCAGCUCUAGUGGGCGGUGAGAUCCCCCUAGACAUGCGGCUCGGGGGCGGGCAGCUGGUGUCAGAGGAGCUGAUGAACCUGGGGGAGAGCUUCAUCCAGACCAAUGACCCGUCGCUGAAGCUCUUCCAGUGCGCCGUCUGCAACAAGUUCACGACGGACAACCUGGACAUGCUGGGCCUGCACAUGAACGUGGAGCGCAGCCUGUCGGAGGACGAGUGGAAGGCGGUGAUGGGGGACUCGUACCAGUGCAAGCUCUGUCGCUACAACACCCAGCUCAAGGCAAACUUCCAGCUGCACUGCAAGACAGACAAGCACGUGCAGAAGUACCAGCUGGUGGCCCACAUCAAGGAGGGCGGCAAGGCCAACGAGUGGAGGCUCAAGUGUGUGGCCAUCGGCAACCCCGUGCACCUCAAGUGCAACGCCUGCGACUACUACACCAACAGCCUGGAGAAGCUGCGGCUGCACACGGUCAACUCCAGGCAUGAGGCCAGCCUGAAGCUGUACAAGCACCUGCAGCAGCACGAAAGUGGUGUGGAAGGUGAGAGCUGCUAUUACCACUGCGUCCUGUGCAACUACUCCACCAAGGCCAAGCUCAACCUCAUCCAGCACGUGCGCUCCAUGAAGCACCAGCGAAGUGAGAGCCUGCGAAAGCUGCAGAGGCUGCAGAAGGGCCUUCCGGAGGAGGACGAGGACCUGGGGCAGAUCUUCACCAUCCGCAGAUGCCCCUCCACAGACCCAGAAGAAGCCAUUGAAGAUGUUGAAGGACCCAGUGAAACAGCUGCUGAUCCAGAGGAGCUUGCUAAGGACCAAGAGAGUGGAGGCGAGAAAGACCAGGGAAAGUGGACAGCAUCGUCCAGCCAAGCAGAGAAGGAGCUGACAGAUUCUCCUGCAACCUCCAAACGCAUCUCCUUCCCAGGUAGCUCAGAGUCUCCCCUUUCUUCGAAGCGACCAAAAACAUCUGAGGAGAUCAAACCGGAACAGAUGUACCAGUGUCCCUACUGCAAGUACAGUAAUGCUGACGUCAACCGGCUCCGGGUGCAUGCCAUGACGCAGCACUCAGUGCAGCCCAUGCUUCGCUGCCCCCUGUGCCAGGACAUGCUCAACAACAAGAUCCACCUCCAGCUGCACCUCACCCACCUCCACAGCGUGGCACCUGACUGUGUGGAGAAGCUCAUUAUGACGGUGACCACUCCCGAGAUGGUGAUGCCCAGCAGCAUGUUCCUCCCAGCAGCUGUUCCAGAUCGAGAUGGGAAUUCCAAUUUGGAAGAGGCAGGAAAGCAGCCUGAAACCUCAGAGGAUCUGGGAAAGAACAUCUUGCAAUCUGCGAGCACAGAGCAAAGUGGAGAUUUGAAACCCUCCCCUGCUGACCCAGGCUCUGUGAGAGAGGACUCAGGCUUCCUCUGCUGGAAGAAGGGUUGCAACCAGGUUUUCAAAACUUCUGCUGCCCUUCAGACGCAUUUCAAUGAAGUGCAUGCCAAGAGGCCUCAGCUGCCGGUGUCAGAUCGCCAUGUGUACAAGUACCGCUGUAAUCAGUGUAGUCUGGCCUUCAAGACCAUUGAAAAGUUGCAGCUUCAUUCUCAGUACCAUGUGAUCAGAGCUGCUACCAUGUGCUGUCUUUGUCAGCGCAGUUUCCGAACUUUCCAGGCUCUGAAGAAGCACCUCGAGACAAGCCACUUGGAGCUGAGUGAGGCUGACAUCCAACAGCUUUAUGGUGGCCUUCUGGCCAAUGGGGACCUCCUGGCAAUGGGAGAUCCCACCCUGGCUGAGGACCAUACCAUAAUUGUUGAGGAAGACAAGGAAGAAGAGAGUGACUUGGAAGAUAAACAGAGCCCAACGGGCAGUGACUCUGGGUCAGUACAAGAAGACUCAGGCUCAGAGCCAAAGAGAGCUCUGCCUUUCAGAAAAGGUCCCAAUUUUACUAUGGAAAAAUUCCUAGACCCUUCUCGCCCUUACAAGUGUACCGUCUGCAAGGAAUCUUUCACUCAAAAGAAUAUCCUGCUAGUACACUACAAUUCUGUCUCCCACCUGCAUAAGUUAAAGAGAGCCCUUCAAGAAUCAGCAACUGGUCAGCCAGAACCCACCAGCAGCCCAGACAACAAACCUUUUAAGUGUAACACUUGUAAUGUGGCCUACAGCCAGAGUUCCACUCUGGAGAUCCACAUGAGGUCUGUGUUACAUCAAACCAAGGCCCGGGCAGCCAAGCUGGAGGCUGCAAGUGGCAGUAGCAACGGGACAGGGAACAGCAGCGGUAUUUCCCUGAGCUCCUCCACACCAAGUCCUGUGAGCACCAGUGGCAGUAACACCUUUACCACCUCCAAUCCAAGCAGUGCUGGCAUCGCUCCAAGCUCCAACUUACUGAGCCAAGUGCCCACUGAGAGUGUAGGGAUGCCACCCCUGGGGAAUCCUAUCGGUGCCAACAUUGCUUCCCCUUCAGAGCCCAAGGAGGCCAAUCGGAAGAAACUGGCAGACAUGAUUGCAUCCAGGCAGCAGCAACAGCAACAGCAGCAGCAGCAGCAACAACAACAAGCACAAACCCUGGCCCAGGCCCAGGCCCAGGUUCAAGCUCACUUGCAGCAGGAGCUGCAGCAGCAGGCUGCCUUGAUCCAGUCUCAGCUGUUUAACCCCACCCUCCUUCCUCACUUCCCCAUGACCACUGAGACCCUGCUACAGCUACAGCAGCAGCAGCACCUCCUCUUCCCUUUCUACAUCCCAAGUGCUGAGUUCCAGCUCAACCCCGAGGUGAGCUUGCCAGUGACCAGUGGGGCACUGACGCUGACAGGGACAGGCCCAGGCCUGCUGGAAGAUCUGAAGGCUCAGGUUCAGGUCCCACAGCAGAGCCACCAGCAGAUCUUACAGCAGCAGCAGCAGCAACAGCAGAGCCAACUCUCUCUAGCCCAGAGUCACUCCACCCUCCUUCAGCCAAGCCAGCACCCAGAAAAGAAGAACAAAUUGGUCAUCAAAGAAAAGGAAAAAGAAAGCCAGAGAGAGAGGGAUGGUGCUGAGGGGGGAGAGAGCAACACCGGCCCAAAGGAAACCCAACCAGAUGCCUUGAAGGCCAAAGAGAAGAAAGAGUUGGCACCAGGGGGUAGUUCUGAGCCUUCCAUGCUCCCUCCACGCAUCGCUUCAGAUGCCAGAGGGAAUGCCACCAAGGCCCUGCUGGAGAACUUUGGCUUUGAGUUGGUCAUUCAGUAUAAUGAGAACAAGCAGAAGGUGCAGAAAAAGAACGGGAAGAGUGAGCAGGGAGAGAACCUGGAAAAGCUCGAGUGUGACUCCUGUGGCAAGUUGUUUUCCAACAUCUUGAUUUUAAAGAGUCAUCAAGAGCAUGUUCAUCAGAAUUACUUUCCCUUCAAACAGCUCGAGAGGUUUGCCAAGCAGUACAGAGACCACUACGAUAAACUGUACCCACUGAGGCCCCAGACCCCAGAGCCGCCACCACCUCCCCCUCCACCCCCUCCACCCCCACUUCCGGCAGCGCCACCUCAGCCAGCGUCCACGCCAGCCAUCCCUGCGUCAGCCCCGCCGAUUACCUCACCUACGAUUGCACCGGCCCAGCCAUCUGUGCCGCUCACCCAGCUCUCCAUGCCCAUGGAGCUGCCCAUCUUCUCGCCACUGAUGAUGCAGACGAUGCCGCUGCAGACCUUGCCAGCUCAGCUGCCCCCGCAGCUGGGACCUGUGGAGCCUCUGCCUGCGGACCUGGCUCAGCUGUACCAGCAUCAGCUCAAUCCAACCCUGCUGCAGCAGCAGAACAAGAGGCCUCGCACCAGGAUCACGGAUGAUCAGCUCCGAGUCUUGCGGCAAUAUUUUGACAUUAACAAUUCCCCCAGUGAAGAGCAAAUCAAAGAGAUGGCAGAUAAGUCUGGGUUGCCCCAGAAAGUGAUCAAGCACUGGUUCAGGAACACUCUCUUCAAAGAGAGGCAGCGUAACAAGGACUCCCCUUACAACUUCAGUAAUCCUCCUAUCACCAGCCUGGAGGAGCUAAAGAUUGACUCCCGGCCCCCUUCACCGGAACCUCCGAAGCAGGAGUACUGGGGAAGCAAGAGGUCUUCAAGAACAAGGUUUACGGACUACCAGCUGAGGGUCUUACAGGACUUCUUUGAUGCCAAUGCUUACCCAAAGGAUGAUGAAUUUGAGCAACUCUCUAAUUUACUGAACCUUCCAACCCGAGUCAUAGUGGUGUGGUUUCAGAAUGCCCGACAGAAGGCCAGGAAGAAUUAUGAGAAUCAGGGAGAGGGCAAAGAUGGAGAGCGGCGUGAGCUUACAAAUGACAGAUAUAUUCGAACAAGCAACUUGAACUACCAGUGCAAAAAAUGUAGCCUGGUGUUUCAGCGCAUCUUUGAUCUCAUCAAACACCAGAAGAAGCUGUGUUACAAGGAUGAGGAUGAGGAGGGGCAGGAUGACAGCCAAAAUGAGGAUUCCAUGGAUGCCAUGGAAAUCCUGACACCUACCAGCUCCUCCUGCAGCACCCCGAUGCCCUCACAGGCUUACAGUGCCCCAGCACCGUCAGCCAAUAAUACAGCUUCCUCCGCUUUCUUGCAGCUUACAGUAGAGGCUGAGGACCUGGCCACCUUCAAUUCAAAAACAGAGGCAAGCGAUGAGAAACCAAAGCUGGUGGAAGCUCCCAGUGCCCAGCCAAACCAAACCCAAGAAAAGCAAGGACAACCAAAGCCAGAGCUGCAGCAGCAAGAGCAGCCCGAGCAGCAGAAAACCAAUACCCCACAGCAGAAGCUCCCCCAGCUGGCAUCCCUGCCUUCACUGCCACAGCCUCCUCCGCAAGCACCUCCUCCACAGUGCCCCUUACCCCAGUCAAGUCCCAGCCCUUCCCAGCUCUCCCACCUGCCCCUCAAGCCCCUUCACACAUCAACUCCUCAGCAGCUGGCAAACCUACCUCCUCAGCUAAUCCCUUACCAGUGUGACCAGUGUAAGUUGGCAUUUCCAUCAUUUGAGCACUGGCAGGAGCAUCAGCAGCUCCACUUCCUGAGUGCACAGAACCAGUUCAUCCACCCCCAGUUUUUGGACAGGUCACUGGAUAUGCCUUUCAUGCUUUUUGAUCCCAGUAACCCACUCCUGGCCAGCCAGCUGCUCUCUGGGGCCAUACCUCAGAUUCCAGCAAGCUCUGCCACUUCUCCUUCAACUCCAACGUCCACGAUGAACACUCUCAAGAGGAAGCUGGAGGAAAAGGCCAGUGCAAGCCCUGGCGAAAAUGACAGUGGGACAGGAGGAGAAGAGCCUCAGAGAGACAAGCGUUUGAGAACAACCAUCACACCAGAACAACUAGAAAUUCUCUACCAGAAGUAUCUACUGGACUCUAAUCCGACUCGAAAGAUGUUGGAUCAUAUUGCGCAUGAGGUGGGCUUGAAGAAACGUGUGGUGCAAGUCUGGUUUCAGAAUACCAGAGCUCGGGAAAGGAAAGGACAGUUCCGGGCUGUGGGCCCAGCUCAGGCCCACAGGAGAUGCCCUUUUUGCAGAGCGCUUUUCAAAGCCAAGACUGCUCUCGAGGCUCACAUCCGGUCCCGUCACUGGCAUGAAGCCAAGAGAGCUGGCUACAACCUAACACUGUCUGCGAUGCUCUUAGACUGUGAUGGGGGACUCCAGAUGAAAGGAGAUAUUUUUGACGGAACUAGCUUUUCCCACCUACCCCCAAGCAGUAGUGAUGGUCAGGGUGUCCCUCUCUCACCUGUGAGUAAAACCAUGGAGUUGUCACCGAGAACUCUUCUUAGCCCUUCCUCCAUUAAGGUGGAAGGGAUUGAAGACUUUGAAAGCCCCUCCAUGUCCUCAGUUAAUCUAAACUUUGACCAAACUAAGCUGGACAACGAUGACUGUUCCUCUGUCAACACAGCAAUCACAGAUACCACAACUGGAGAUGAGGGCAAUGCAGAUAAUGACAGUGCAACGGGAAUAGUAACUGAAACCAAAUCCUCUUCUGCACCCAAUGAAGGGUUGACCAAAGCGGCCAUGAUGGCAAUGUCUGAGUAUGAAGAUAGGUUGUCAUCUGGUCUGGUCAGCCCUGCCCCGAGCUUUUAUAGCAAGGAAUAUGACAAUGAAGGUACAGUGGACUACAGUGAAACCUCAAGCCUUGCAGACCCCUGCUCCCCAAGUCCUGGUGCUAGUGGAUCUGCAGGCAAAUCUGGGGACAGCGGGGAUCGGCCUGGGCAGAAACGUUUUCGCACUCAAAUGACCAAUCUGCAGCUGAAGGUCCUCAAGUCAUGCUUUAAUGACUACAGGACACCCACUAUGCUAGAGUGUGAGGUGCUGGGCAAUGACAUUGGACUGCCAAAGAGAGUCGUUCAGGUCUGGUUCCAGAAUGCCCGGGCAAAAGAAAAGAAGUCCAAGUUAAGCAUGGCCAAGCAUUUUGGUAUAAACCAAACGAGUUACGAGGGACCCAAAACAGAGUGCACUUUGUGUGGCAUCAAGUACAGCGCUCGGCUGUCUGUACGUGACCAUAUCUUUUCCCAACAGCAUAUCUCCAAAGUUAAAGACACCAUUGGAAGCCAGUUGGACAAGGAGAAAGAAUACUUUGACCCAGCCACUGUACGUCAGUUGAUGGCUCAACAAGAGUUGGACCGGAUUAAAAAGGCUAAUGAGGUCCUUGGACUGGCAGCUCAGCAGCAAGGGAUGUUUGACAACACCCCUCUUCAGGCCCUUAACCUUCCUACUGCAUAUCCAGCGCUCCAGGGCAUUCCUCCCGUGUUGCUCCCGGGCCUCAACAGCCCCUCCUUGCCAGGCUUUACUCCAUCCAACACAGCUUUAACGUCUCCUAAGCCGAACUUGAUGGGUCUGCCCAGCACAACUGUUCCUUCCCCUGGCCUCCCCACAUCUGGAUUACCAAAUAAACCGUCCUCAGCGUCGCUGAGCUCCCCAACCCCAGCACAAGCCACCAUGGCGAUGGCCCCUCAGCAACCCCCCCAACCCCAGCAGCAGCAGCAGCAGCCACAGGUGCAGCAGCCUCCCCCGCCGCCAGCAGCCCAGCCGCCACCCACACCACAGCUCCCACAGCAACAGCAGCAGCAACGCAAGGACAAAGACAGUGAGAAAGUAAAGGAGAAGGAAAAGGCACACAAAGGGAAAGGGGAACCCCUGCCUGUCCCCAAGAAGGAGAAAGGAGAGGCCCCCACGGCAGCUGUAGCCACGAUCUCAGCCCCGCUGCCCACCAUGGAGUAUGCGGUGGACCCUGCACAGCUGCAGGCCCUGCAGGCAGCCUUGACUUCGGACCCUACAGCGUUGCUCACAAGCCAGUUCCUUCCUUACUUUGUACCGGGCUUUUCUCCUUAUUAUGCUCCCCAGAUCCCUGGCGCCCUGCAGAGCGGGUACCUGCAGCCUAUGUAUGGCAUGGAAGGCCUGUUCCCCUACAGCCCUGCACUAUCGCAGGCCCUGAUGGGGCUGUCCCCGGGCUCCCUACUGCAGCAGUACCAGCAAUACCAGCAGAGUCUGCAGGAGGCAAUUCAGCAGCAGCAGCAGCAGCGGCAACUACAGCAGCAGCAGCAGCAAAAAGUGCAGCAGCAGCAGCCCAAAGCAAGCCAAACCCCAGUCCCCCCGGGGGCUGCUUCCCCAGACAAAGACCCUGCCAAAGAAUCCCCCAAACCAGAAGAACAGAAAAACGCCCCCCGUGAGGUGUCCCCACUCCUGCCGAAACCCCCUGAAGAGCCAGAAGCAGAAAGCAAAAGUGCGGACUCCCUCUACGACCCCUUCAUUGUUCCAAAGGUGCAGUACAAGUUGGUCUGCCGCAAGUGCCAGGCGGGCUUCGGCGACGAGGAGGCGGCGAGGAGCCACCUGAAGUCCCUCUGCUUCUUCGGCCAGUCUGUGGUGAACCUGCAAGAGAUGGUGCUUCACGUCCCCACCGGCGGCGGCGGCAGUGGCGGCGGUGGUGGUGGCGGCGGCGGCGGCGGCGGCUCGUACCACUGUCUGGCGUGCGAGAGCGCGCUCUGUGGGGAGGAAGCUCUGAGUCAACAUCUCGAGUCGGCCUUGCACAAACACAGAACAAUCACGAGAGCAGCAAGAAACGCCAAAGAGCACCCUAGUUUAUUACCUCACUCUGCCUGCUUCCCCGAUCCUAGCACCGCAUCUACCUCGCAGUCUGCCGCUCACUCAAACGACAGCCCCCCUCCCCCGUCGGCCGCCGCCCCCUCCUCCGCUUCCCCUCAUGCCUCCAGGAAGUCUUGGCCGCAAGUGGUCUCCCGGGCUUCGGCAGUGAAGCCCCCUUCUUUUCCUCCUCUCUCCUCAUCUUCAACGGUUACCUCAAGUUCAUGCAGCACCUCAGGGGUUCAGCCCUCGAUGCCAACAGACGACUAUUCGGAGGAGUCUGACACGGAUCUCAGCCAAAAGUCCGACGGACCGGCGAGCCCGGUGGAAGGUCCCAAAGACCCCAGCUGCCCCAAGGACAGUGGUCUGACCAGUGUAGGAACGGACACCUUCAGAUUGUAAGCUUUGAAGAUGAACAAUACAAACAAAUGAAUUUAAAUACAAAAAUUAAUAACAAACCAAUUUCAAAAAUAGACUAACUGCAAUUCCAAAGCUUCUAACCAAAAAAAAAAAAAAAACAAAAAAAACAAAAAAAAAAACAAAAACAAAAAAAAAAAAAGAAAAAAAAAGAAAAAGCGUGGGUUGUUUUCCCAUAUACCUAUCUAUGCCGGUGAUUUUACAUUGUCUUUUUUUCUUUUAAUAUUUAAAAAAAAAAAUGCCCUAACCCUGUUACAUUGUGUCCUUUUGAAGGUACUAUUGGUCUGGGAAACAGAAGUCCGCAGGGCCUCCCUAAUGUCUUUGGAGCUUAAACCCCUUGUAUAUUUGCCCCUUUUCAAUAAACGCCCCACGCUGAUAGCACAGAGGAGCCCGGCAUGCACUGUAUGGGAAAGCAGUCCACCUUGUUACAGUUUUAAAUUUCUUGCUAUCUUAGCAUUCAGAUACCAAUGGCUUGCUAAAAGAAAAAAAGAAAUGUAAUGUCUUUUUAUUCUCAGGUCAAUCGCUCACACUUUGUUCUGUUUUCAGAAUCAUUGUUUUAUAUAUUUUAUUUUUUGUUUUUUUUUUGUUUUGGUUCCAGAAAAGAUUUUUUGUUUUGUUAAUUUAAAAACGGGCAGAAAGUAUUCGAGAAAAACAAUGUGAACUGCUUUAGCUUUCUGGGGAUUUUUAACGAUAGCUUUUCUGCUGAAGCCAAUUUCAAGGGGAAAAGUUAAGCACUCCCACUUUCAGAAAAAAAAAAAAACCCCACAUACACAAAGAGUGUUGAGGACUUGUAGCUUAAAAAAAUAAGUUUUAAAAACUGACUUUCUGUAUUUAUGAUAGCUAUGACCAUUUUUGGUGUUGAGUAGAUUGUUGCAUUGGAAAUGAACUGAAGCAGUAUGGUAGAUUUAAAAGGAAAAAAAAAAAAACCUUUUGUGUACAUUUAGCUUUUUGUAUGGUCCAGCUGACAGCUCCUCAUUUGAUGUUGUCUUGUUCAUUCCUAGCAAAUAGAUUGCAAUCCGUUGAUUCGCCUAAGCUUUUCUCCCCUUCGUCCCUUAAUUCCACUUUCUCUUUCCUUGUCCCACCUCCCAUAUCCUAUAAUCUCCCACUUAAGGUAGCUGCCUUCAUUUCUUAGAGGGAGCUGCAGAAUUAUUUUAUAAAACUAAAGAAAGAAUUUCAAGGGAUUCUAGGGGUCAUUAGGAUCCUCACAGAUUAUUUUUGGUUGGGGAGUUGAAACUUUUUAAAGGCAUAUAAUCCUAGUUACCUGUGUCUGUUAGCCUUGUGCAUUUAUUUUUUAUUUACCCUUCUUUUGGCUUUUCUUUGUACCCCUUCUUUUCCUCCUUGUUUGGUAGAUGCUUCAAAUAUUCUUUUCCUAUACUAAAGCAUUUGUUUCCAUUUGUGUAAUUGGCUGUGUACUUUUCUUUUCUAAAAAAGUUUUUGGUUAGGGAUUUGGUUUUUGGUUUUGUGUUUUUCUUUCCUCUCUCAGAAAAAGAAAUUUCAUGCUUUAAAUAAAAUCCAAAGACACACCCUUUCACUGCUGGUGCAGAAAAAAGGGAAAGGGUUCUUGUUACUUGAGAAUUUGUUUCUGAUUUAAACAAACAAGACUUAGUUUAAUAAAAGAAAGAGAAAAACAAAAGAUUCCCAGGUUGUUAUGUGCUUCUUCUGCACGCAGAGGGGCAACUGUUAAUGACAAUUCCAUAUACCAAAAGACACAUUUUUUACUUCAAAGUUUUGUCCUUGUGUUAGGCAGUCUGAGCGGCGAGUGAUCCAGAGCGCAGCCAACAAAGCAGCAGAUAGCAAUGUACAGAAAGCAAAAACGGAAUUAUAUGUGAGGCACUUGUUUAUGUUAAUAUCCAUGUUCCUGUAACACACAACGCAACACACAACCUUUCUCAUGUAAAAAAAAAAAUAAACAGUCUGAACUUUGAAAACUUUGUGCUGCUAAAACAACAUAGAUUUUGGAGACAAAUAGAUGCUUUGCUGUUUCACUUUCAUAGCCAAACAUCAAGAGAAACCAUCUCCCCUUGCCCCUAAAGUGUGAAAUCCUUCUCCCCUUCAUUUUCUUCCUUAUGUUUCAAAAGGGAACUUUGAAGACUGUGAAUGCAGGUUCCAUUGGUCACCUUUCGGGCUUGUUUCCCCAGUGCUGAAGCCACUCAUCGACUUUGCAAAAGACUGGAGCAUUCCAAGAUCUGAAAAUGGAUUUUUUUCUUUUUUUCUUUUUUAGCCGGGACUAUUUUAUUUUUAUGAAUUUGUUUUUAGUUUAAUGAAAUAGUAGAUCCUGAAAUGUUGUACAUAUUUCUAACUAGGCUGAUGCACAGUGCAAAUUCCUUUUCUAAUUGUUUUUUUAAGUAGAAAUACUAAAUACCAUCUAACUAUUCAUACCAGUAUCCAGUUGUAGCAUAAGGUGUCAAAAGCAAGUACGCAAAACAUUUACUGUUUUAACAAGCUGUUUCCUUUUAACAAGAAAUCUUAUAUUUCUCCCUGUGUUUGAGAUGAACAUUUUUAAAUUUUAAAGUUGUACAGUUUUUUGUUUUCCAUUAUUUUAUCUUGUUUGUAACUCUAUGAAAUAUAUAUAUAUUUUUUGCCAUUUAACUGUUGUAUGUUACUCUGUGUCUGUACCAUAUAGAAAAAAAAAUUUUGUUUUUAGUUCUCUAUGUGAUAUCAGUUAACAAUUUAACACUAGCUUUACCUGUCAAAUUCUGCUAGGUCUUUUCUGAAAACAUUGUUUUUAAAAAUGAUAUUGCUUGGUAAUAGUGCAAUUUCUAUCCCUUUCCCUCCCCCCUCAACGUUAAGUUCUUUUCUUUAUAAUUUUGCUGCCCCUCCCCGAUGGUUUGGGUUUUUUUUUGGGGGGGGGGGCUAUUAUGCCAUCCUCCCUCUGUGAGGCAGAAUGACUGUCAGUGUUUUGUUACACCAUGCCUUGAGCUGUGGGUGUGUUUGGCGACAAUAAGGUGGUUGAAUAGAUUGGCUGAGCAUGCUUCCACCCACCCAGUGUUCUCAGAGGGGUUAUGUGAUUGUGUCAGCCUGGAGUGGGUGGCACCCUUAAUGCUUUUCUCUACAACUCUACCGCCCACAUACAUGUUCAUUCAAAAAAGUAAGAAAAAUUCUCAGCACUAACCCAGAAGUAGCAAAGCAGUCAGUGAUGGUGAACAUUAGAGGUCAAACAUAAGUUAGGUGUUUGUCGGCUGACAGCCACUGUGGCUGUGACCACUAAUAUUCACAAAUCAAGAGUUCACUACAAUGCUCAACUGUUUAGAUUGAUCUCACUCGGGGAAUUUAUUCCUGUCUGCUGCAUCAUAGGUAGCUAGGUAGGAUAUAUUUCCAUUAGCUUUCUAAAUUAGUUAUUCACCUCCAUUGACACUUGUUUUUUGGUUUUCUCCCUGUAGUGUGGGUUGGUGCUAGAUAGUGGUCUGUCAUAGUACCAUACUGACCCACAGAACGGGAGUUAUAUCACCCAUCUUUCCUCCAUCCUUCCAAAAACCACACCUCUACACAAGGAAAAGUUUAAUAAUUCUAGGAAAUUUUUUUUAAUUAAAAGUAAAGAGAUGAAUGUGGCCAAAGUUUUACACAACUGAAAAUAAAAGUAAAACAGACGGCAUGUGUUUAAACCUGAGUUUAUCAGGCAUGGCAGGAAGUUGCAGGAGAGAGAGGCAGUGACCCAAGCCAGUGCACUUGAUGUUCAUGGACAUAUAUUUUUUUAAAUAAUAAAUUAAAACAUUUUAAAUAGAAGCAUAAAUUGAGUUGGAUAUUUGUUGGCGCUGAGAUACUGCCCACUGUGAAACAAAGCUUUGACUAGUUUUUUUUUUGUUUGUUUACUUUCUUCAGGGGGGAGGGGGGCAAGUUUGGGUAGGAAAGAAAGCAUAAAUGAACGUGACCCUGAGGUGAAGAGGUAUAUGAACAGCCUUUGCAAUGUACAAAAAGAAAAAAAUAAAAAACAAAAAAAAUAGAGCAAGUGAAACCAAAAAUGAUGUUCUUGGUGUUUUUCUAUAAUGUAGUCUUGUUAGCUUUUUUGUUACUGUAACAAUGCUGAUCUCGAACUGUACCAAAAUACAUGGAGACUAACAAACAGAACCACAUGGAACUUUCAAACUGAAAAAAAAAUUUGUCACAAAAACUUUGUUGUCAUAGUUAAGUUGAUUGUAGAUGGUAAUUGAAUAUACUCCUUUGAAAAUAUUUCAUCAAGUAUGUUUCCUGCUCAUUGUGAUACAUUAAAAAAAUAUGAGCAAAA